AUGUAUUUAAAUAAUCCUUAUGGUGUUCUUGUGAUUCUCCUGAUAGCGAGCUGCGGUGAGUUCUCUGAAUAUAAAGUAACUGACCAGAUAUAUUUCGACGUCAGUAUUGAAAACAAAUACGUGGGAACAAUUAUUCUUGGCCUGUUCGGAGAAGUAGCUCCAGUAACUUGUGAAAAUUUUAAACAAAUCGCCAUUAAAGGGAUAGAGGGGAAGAGAUACGAUGGAACCAAAUUCCAUACAGCUAUCGAAAGGAUUAUGAUUCAAGGUGGUGAUAUUGUUAACAACGAUGGUUCAGGUUCAAUAAGCAUUUACGGAGAAUAUUUUGAUGACGAAAACUUUGACAUAGAACCAGAAUCUAGUGGUUUACUUAUGAUGGCUAACAAUGGGCCCAACACCAAUGGUUGCCAAUUUCUCAUAACCACCAUGCCAGUUCCUUGGUUAUACGGAAAGAACGUGGUCUUUGGAAAAGUUCUUAAAGGUGCAGAUGUCGUCCACAAAAUAGAACAUUUAAAAACUGAUGUAGAAGAUCACAUUUUAAAAAGUGUAAAUAUAAUAGAGUCCGGAUUGAUCGAGACCAAACCUUUUUAUGAAACAACAAAAAAUUACGAAUUGACACUUUGGGCAUGGAUAAAAGCCGGAUGGUUUCCACUUGGGUUUUCAUUUGCAGUACUAGGAAUUUUUCAAUACAUUCUCAUGCAACUCAACAAAUUCGAUUAAUUCUUAUACAUUUAAAAAACCUCACAUUUUUGU